AUUCGUCAAUUUCAUAAUGACCGCCACCAUUGCGAUAUUCUACUUUAAAUUAGUCUUGAGAACAACAGAAUACGAAUCGUUAAAAUAACAUUUUCCCAUUGCAGGUGGAGGUGUAUGUUGUAAAAGUUAUGGUUUGGGCUCGAGCUGUUACCGUAACGAUCACAAACUGGAAUGAACUCUUGUUUCAGACUCUCAGUUAUACAACGUUGCAGUCACCACUAACAUGUAUAAUUUUUAUAUAUUUAGGGACGUAUGAAAAGGAAAAUAUGCACCAUAAAGCUUGAAGACAAUGCGUUUCUAUUCGAGGUAGCGGUAUGUAUUAUGACAAUUACGGUAAUAGCUGUGUUCUCCACGGUACCGUAAUUAUCCCAAAAUGAAAUCAACGUUUAUUUUAAACUCUCACUUAUACCCUUUAAUAGUAAUUAUUCAUUAAUUGAAUAUUUUCAAACGUUUAAUAAGCUAUUAAUAACAAAAUAUGUGCGAUAAAGCUUGAAAACAACACCUUUCCAUUCAAUUCUUGCGCGUGUAUUUGUGACAUGUACGGUAAAAUCUGCUCGCCAGUUGUGUUCACGGCCUUCCCACAACACAAGGCAACGUCUCAUGGUUCAUUCAAGCCAAACGCACAACAUUUGACGGGUUAAAGCGACGGACACUCAUCCGAGGCGGUGGAAUUACGGAGCCCGGUGGAUCCACGCUUACUUACCGAUCGUUGGCACCAGCUAGCUUGUCAUGGCGGACGUCAGCGAAGUUUUGAUGUCGGUUUUGUCCACAAUUCGGGUGCCGAAGCCCGGGGACCGCGUCCACAAAGAUGAAUGCGCCUUGUCAUUUUCCUCCCCGGAAAGCGAAGGAGGGUUGUAUGUAUGCAUGAACAGCUUCCUGGGCUUUGGAAGCCAGUAUGUGGACAGGCACCACGCUCGGGCUGGGCAGAGGGCUUACUUGCACAUUACCAGGACUCGGAAGGCCAAGAAGGAAGACGACAGUAACUCUGGAUCAGGACACCCGCCCAAGAAGAAGCCCACCAGAUUGGCGAUAGGGAUUGAAGGUGGUUUUGAUGUAGAGCAAGAGCACUAUGAGGAAGAAUACAAGGUUGUCAUCUUUCCUGACAAACAGGAAGUCACAACAGAGGACCUUGGAGCCAUGCCUGAUGUUGUCAAAGAGAGGGUGUCCUUGUCAAUGGCAGGCAUCAUCGCCGCCGACUCGGUGUCUCACACCUUGCAAGUGCAACAGUGGGAUGGGGAGGUGAGACAGGAGUCGCGAUAUGCCGCCGACCUCAAGCAGCUUGACAAUGGCGUCAAGAUCCCUCCCAGUGGCUGGCGGUGUGAAGUGUGCGGUCUCCAGGAAAAUCUCUGGAUGAACCUGACGGACGGCAAGGUGCUUUGCGGUCGCAAGUACUUUGACGGCUCGGGCGGCAACAAUCACGCCCUCCUCUACUUUCAAGAGACGGGAUACCCGCUGGCGGUCAAACUUGGAACCAUCACCCCAGACGGAGCAGAUGUUUAUUCUUACGAUGAGGAUGACAUGGUGCUAGACUCCAAGUUACCAGAGCAUCUUUCUCACUUUGGCAUCGACAUGAUGACUAUGGAGAAAACCGAGCGGACCAUGACAGAGCUGGAGAUUGCCGUGAACCAGCGCGUCGGGGAGUGGGAGGUCAUCCAAGAGUCCGGGACCACUCUGCGUCCGCUGUUUGGCCCCGGCCUGACGGGCAUGAAGAACCUGGGCAACAGCUGCUACCUCAACUCUGUCAUGCAAGUGCUCUUCACCGUUCCAGACUUCCAGAGCAAGUAUGUGUCCAACAUUGACAAAAUUAUUGACGGGGCUCCAAGUGACCCCACUCAAGACUUCAAAACCCAAGUAGCCAAACUGGGCUACGGCCUGUUGUCGGGUAAAUAUUCCAAACCAGCGCCGGAUCCUGGCGAUGAAAAUAGUGCAGCUGAGUCCAAGGUAAGGGGCGAGGGGGGAGGCGGGGGAGCUGUUUGCUGUUGUCUAUUUGAUCAUGCAUUUUCCAAUAUUUUUUCACAGGAUUACCAAAUCGGCAUAGCACCAAGAAUGUUCAAAGCACUUGUUGGGCGGGGCCACCCAGAGUUCUCCACCAAUCGACAGCAGGAUGCUCAGGAAUUUCUAUUGCACUUCAUAAACAUGGUGGAGAGAAACUGUCGCUCAGGGCCCAACCCUUCUGAAGCCUUCAGGUUCUUAGUGGAGGAGAGGAUUGUUUGUCAGCAGUCCCAGAAGGCCAAGUACACACAGCGAGUGGAUUACAUCAUCCAGCUUCCCGUGCCCAUGGACCAAGCCAUCAACAAAGAUGAGCUGCAGGAGGCGGAACGGCAACGUGAAAACGGUGACUCGACUGCCACGCCCGUGCGAGCACAAAUUCCCUUUGCGGUUUGCAUGGCGGCCCUCAGCGAACCUGAACUCCUUACAGACUUCUGGAGCUCCGCUGUGCAGACCAAGACCACUGCCACCAAAACAACCCGCUUUGCCUCAUUUCCUGACCACCUGGUUAUCCAGAUAAAGAAGUUCACAUUUGGCCUUGACUGGGUCCCCAAGAAACUUGAUGUGAGCAUCGAUGUCCCCGACACGCUGGACCUGAGUGCGCUUCGUGCGUCAGGGCAACAGCCGGGAGAGGAGCUCUUACCAGAGGUGGCCCCGCCCCCACUCAUGACCCCUGAUGUGGAGGUCAAAGCUCCGGUGCUGGACGACUCCACCGUUUCGCAGCUGUGCGACAUGGGAUUCCCCUUGGAAGCGUGCAGGAAAGCCGUUUACUACACUGGGAACACCGGCAUUGACUCUGCCAUGAACUGGGUGAUGGGCCACAUGGACGAUCCAGACUUCUCUGCCCCCUUGGUAUUGCCCGGCUGCAGUGGCGGAACCACGCCGACGAUGGAGAACGUCUCCGAGGAGCACCUUGCAACCAUCGUCUCAAUGGGCUUCAGCCGAGAACAGGCAACCAAAGCGCUUCGAGCAACGAGCAAUACCCUGGAGCGAGCCGUGGACUGGAUUUUCUCACACCUGGAUGACCUGGAGUCCAUGGAGGUGUCAGAAGGAGGCCGCUCGGCCGCCGACAGCGAGGCCGCUCGGGAACCUCCUCCCGGGCCUUGCGUCAGAGACGGACCAGGCAAAUAUGAACUGUUUGCCUUCAUCAGCCACAUGGGCACGAGCACAAUGUGCGGCCACUACGUCUGUCACAUCAAGAAGGAUCAGCAGUGGGUCAUUUUCAACGACCAGAAGGUGUGCGCCUCCGAGAAACCUCCCAAGGACCUGGGGUACCUCUACUUCUACCGGCGGAUGUCGGAAUGAGAGCGAGGGGCUGCUGCUGCACUUUUUGGGGGGUGACAGUGGCGAGUGUGGAUGUUAACACACACACACACGCACACAGCUUUUAUUGCCGCACACACUUCCCUGCAAGCUCUUUGAAAGAAAGGCCCAGACCUAUGUCAUAAUUGUAAAUACUCUGACUGCUCGCUAUUUGGCUGAGGUUGUUGUUUUUUUAAUUGGUGGUUUUUUUUUUUUGUUUUUUUUUUUCAAGCCAUGUUUUCUAAGUAAAUCCUUCACGAGAUAAACUCCCACAUUAGGCCUCACACUACGUCUAAUAUUCCAUACCUUCUAUUGGUUUACAUUUGCAUGACUGCCCCCCACCCCCCACCCCCCGGCCCCCCUUGAAAAGUACAGCACACUUCCUCCAAACCCUGCCCUCGCCUUCUCACGAUUGGACAAAACUGGAGCCAAGUCAGUCUCGGUCCAUUCAGAGGGAAAAUGUGUCAAGCUCAUGUCCGCCGCUCCAGUGAGUGCUGUGAAAGAAAAUAAA